AUGGCUAUUCUCUCAGCAAUCUUGAGUGGCGUCCUGUUGCUCAUACUCGGCACAGUCCUGCAUUCAGGAUUUUGUCUAUUUCAAAACUACUGGGCAGCCCGCAAAAUCGGCGUCCCGGUCCGCAUCAUCCUUAUCGACCACGUCAAUCCGUUAUGGCUGGUCUGCGACCGCGCUGUCUUGUCAGUAGUCCGGCGCCUCCCUUUCGGACUCGGCAACAACAGCUUCACUCGAUACAACUAUCGCGGCUGGGAAGUUCCUGAUAGGUAUUAUACGCAUCGUGAGCUUGGUGAUGCGUAUAUCCUGGUGUCCCCAAAGAAUGUAUGGCUAUACGUGGCCGAUCCCGAUACUGUUCAAGAUAUCUGGCGGAGAGACAAGGACUUCCCUCGUGACACCUCUGUAACAGAAAUGCUUGAUAUUUUCGGCCCUAGUAUAUCAACAGCACAAGGAGAUCAGUGGCUGAAACACCGCAGGAUCACCGCUUCCUCGUUCAACGACCAAAAUAAUAGCAUCGUAUGGUCUGAAGCUGUGAGGGUAGCACAUGAUAUGCUCCAUUACUGGACCGCAAAGGAUUCUAUCGAAACAGCUGCCGAUGACCUCCGCACAUUGUCACUCCAUAUCAUGUCACGAGCUGGUUUCGGCCAGUCUUUCAAGUUUCAAGGCCAUGACGAGAAACAAAACGCUGCCUUGAACGAGGCUUCCAUGGAUUUCAAGGAAUCUCUGAAGAUGAUCCUUGAAAACUGCGUCCUCAUUUUCGCUUUGGGUAGAAAGACGCUUGCUAAACCCUGGCUGCCACGGAAGCUACGCUUGCUUAACGAAGCAUGCAAUUCCUUCCAAAAGCACAUGACGCAAGUUUACGAGGAGGAGAAACGCGCUUUCAUCGAGCACAGAUCCGCCGACCGCAAUUUACUCACUCAGCUCGUCCGCGCAUCGCAGGACGAAGCGAUCAAAUCCUCCCUUGGUGGCCUUACCGAAAGCGAGAUCUACGGCGAUAUGUUCAGUUUCAACUUUGCGGGCCACGAUACUACUGCUCACACUUUCACCUUCGCCAUCUAUUUUCUAGCCGCAAAUCCGGCUGUGCAAGAUUGGAUAUCUGAAGAAAUUCAAUAUGUUCUUGAUGGUCGUCAGCCGGAAGAUUCAUCCUACUCGGACUUUCCUCGUUUGAAGCGUUGUCUGGCGGUUAUGUACGAAACGCUCCGCUUGUAUACGCCAGUGCCUACAGGCAAAAUCGUGAACGGACAAGCGCCCCAGUCUCUUACAAUUGGCAACAAGGAGUAUCUUCUACCGGCGAAGACGAUGGUUGUGCCGAGUUACGCGUCUUUGCAAACCGAUCCGAAGUACUGGGGCCAGGAUUCGCUGCAGUGGCGGCCUUCGCGGUUCGUCAAGUCGUCCGAGUCAUCUGAGCUGGACGACGAACAGUUCAUCACCCCUGGGCGCGGUACGUUUCUCGCGUGGUCUGGAGGCCCACGUGACUGCGUAGGGAGAAAGUUUUCCCAUGUUGAAUUUGUGUCUGUCAUGGCUUCGUUAUUUCGGGAUUGGCGGGUGUAUCCGGUGAUGAAGGAUGGCGAAGAGACUCCGGAGCAGGCGCAUACAAGGAUUCUGCGACAGAUUGAAGUGGACUCGGCACCCGUCCUCCUUUUGCAGAUGCUGCAUCCUGAACGCUCACCACUGGUCUGGAAACGGCGAUAG